AUGUUAUUCCCUCCCAAAAAGUUCUAGGAAAAUGGAAAUCCCAGUAUGCAUUGUAUCUCUAAUUUUAAUUCAGAAAGGCAACAGCUCCGCUCCGCUCCAAAGUAUUCAGGACGAAAGCAUGGACGUCUACUCCCACUCCAAUGAAAAUGUCUGCACCACGACUGAAGAUGAUUCGUGGCGCAACAGUUGGAAGAAGCAAAGGAAUUCGAGCUGCGAUUCAGGAUUCGGCACAGACACAGAGGACUGGAGGAAGGAGCUCACUGGCUGUGUACCUGGAUGGCCGACUACGUGGCAGAGAGUACCUGAAAGUUCCAUGGCGCAGGAGCGCCACCAGAUGAAGAAAGUCUGGCCCGCUCAUGUGAUAGAAGCGGAGCUGGUGGCCCAAAGCAUGCUUUACCCCAGGAAGCCCCAAAGUCCCGUCUCGUCCUAUAGCGCGUUUGAUGCUAUUCCUUUCCAGUGGGUGGAGAUUACUGGCUUUCCAUGGGAUGCCACCGAGCAGAUCCUCAAGGCGUUCCACUCCGUAGGAACCAUCUUGAAGAAGCGUCCAAUUCGGCACGGCAUCCAGCUGCAGUACGCCUUUACAGUGGAGGCCUGCCGAGCUCUGGAUUUCAAUUUCGUUACCAUCUGCAGCUACAAAGUGCGGGUGAACCGCUUGCUCGACGAUCCAGAGGAGCGGGGUAGGCAUCGGGGUAUGCCGCUGUAUUCCUAUUGCUGGCAGAAUCCGCAGUAUCCGAAGUUCUGCUUCAGUGAGCGGCUACGCUGCUAUCAACAGCAGACCAACAGGAACUGCAGACCGUACAAGGACGCCUAUCAGGGGAGCCGAUUGUGGGGCUGUGUCGCUUACUGCUUCACGAUUUUGAUUUGCUUUCUCUUCUACUGCCUGGGGUACUUGUGGCGCUCCUUCGAUAACUACAUGUCGCGGAAGGCUGUCCGAAACGACACCCACCCCGGCGCCGGCUACCACUGUGAGCUCGUGAACAACAGCGUCCAAUACAUAAAAUGAUCUAGGCCAUUGCAUUAUUGCAUUGCACUAUUAUAUUUUUUUAAAUCUGCAAAA